AUGUCGGACCAGAACUCGCCCUCGCAGUCGCCCGUGCCGUCGCAAUCCUCUUCUACCAUCCCAAGCACGAUUCCCACGCUUCGUCCUAAAAACCAGAAGCCUAGCUUCGCGCGCCCCGCAGCAUCAGACCUCCAGUCUCGCCUCCAAUCGUUCCUGCCCCAAAUGGCUGCUGCAAACGCUGAGCUUGAGAAGCUCGCGAAGGAAGGUGGUCUUGAGGGUAAGAGACUCGAGGACGUAGGCGAGGGUGAAGAGUAUGUUGAGAUGGAAUUGGGCCUAGGUGUCAUGGAGGCAAAGAAGGAGGGAGAGGACAGUAGCGACGAUAGCUCCGACGAGAGCUCGGACGAAAGCAGCGAGGACAGUAGCGAAGCCGACGACGACGAAGCGGACACCGAGGAGAAGAAGAAACAGAAAGAGAAGGAACAAAAGGAGAAGGACAUUCUGGGCAGACUGAUGGGACACAAGCAAGGCAGAGAGAAGGCUGCUGGUAUUCAGGAAGUUGAGUGA